UCCCCUUCAAGCUGAUUCAGAGCCGACAAACACUCUCCCGGCAUCACCUCCCCACCCACCCUGUCCCUCAUCCUCAGGCCAUGGCUGCGGGCACAGAGACGGUGCACUACAUCCACCUGCACAACUCCAGCCAGUCUGUUCUGGAGGCUUUACGGACGCAGCGGCGUGAAGGCCUCUUCUGCGACGUGACGGUGCGCAUACACGAUGCCUCGCUGCGUGCCCACGCCUGCGUGCUGGCCGCUGGCAGCCCCUUCUUCCAGGACAAGCUGCUGCUGGGCCACUCUGAGAUCUCGGUGCCGCCUCUGGUCCCCGCUGAGACGGUGAAGCAGCUGGUGGAUUUUAUGUACAGCGGCUCGCUAGUGGUGGUGCAGUCACAGGCUCUCUGCAUCCUCACCGCCGCCAGCAUCCUGCAGAUUAAGACGGUCAUCGACGAGUGCACCCAGAUCAUCUCCCAGAGGAAGGUUGCUGCUGCGGCAGCAGCUGCAGCAAGUGGGGGUGGAGGUGGAGGGGGGAUGACAGUUGGGGUCCUGCCCAAGCAGGAGGAGCGGGGAGGGGGUAAAGGUAGGGACAGUGGUGGUGGUUGUAUUGGUGGUGGUGGCGGAGUCAGCGGUGGUGGGGGUUACCAGAGCUUCUCGAACUUUGCCUUAGGGGACUGUGGAGCGAGCAACAUGGUCACAGGACUGGGCGGAUCUAACUUGAUCGUUAAUGUCAGUGAGAGUGGCCCAGGAGGCGCCCUUGGGCAGGCGAACCCAGUGGGGCUGAUGGCUCUAGCUGACAUGGGCAGCCCCGGGGCCCUCUGUGGGGCUGACGGGCUGAGCUCAGGGGCCGGCGGAGUCCUCAUGAAGAACUCAAGUUGCACUCAGGAUAUGAGGUACAAGCUGAGAGACCUGCUAGCGGCAACCGCUAACGGCGCGAAUGGCGGAAGCUCAGGGAAUCUCUCGGUUGGCUGCAGCUCUGGUGUCAGCAGCGUGGACAGCAUUGGCCGGGACAGUAUCCGCAGCAAUGCGGCUGACCUCUCGGAGGAGCUUGUGGGGAUGGAUAGAUACUGCGAGGCGGAGGAGAUGGAUGGACAUCACAGAGGGAGAGACUUGGACAGGGACAGAGGGGCAGGAGGACACAGCCGCAAGCAGAGGCAGCCACUCAGGCUUCAGGUUCUUGUAGGAGAGGAAGUGGUGGUGAAGGAUGAAGGAGUGCAGGAGCCGGAUGGAGGGGUCUUCGGCUUGGAAGAGGGAAGACGAGUUGAAGGGCAGGGCACACAGGAAUCCAUGGCAACCUUCGGCCAGGAGGGUGUAUUCUAUGAUGAGGCUGGAGUUUUCUCCCCUGAGGCUUUCUGGCCCCAGAACGAGCCGGCUCAGGCCAUGUCCUUCAACCCCAGAGGAAGAGGAAACAAGCCACUGUCUCCCCCUACCUCCUCACAGUCCAUCAACAACCAGCUACUUUUUCAGUACCCAGUCAGCCAAUCACAGCCAUCAGCCUCAUUCUUUGUGGGCGGACCGAUGCUUAUUGACAGCAUGGCAGGAACGGAGCACAGCCAACAGGCUCUGCCCCCGACACCAAUGACCCCUGUUCUGUCAACCUGUGGCACACCAGGCCCCUCACCUUCCUCCCAGGGAUCUGAGACGUCCUUCGACUGCACUCACUGUGGGAAAUCGUUACGUUCCAGGAAGAACUACAGCAAGCACAUGUUCAUACACUCCGGUCAAAAGCCUCAUCAGUGCAGCAUCUGCUGGCGCUCCUUCUCCCUGCGCGACUACCUCCUCAAGCACAUGGUGGUGCACACGGGCGUGCGCGCCUUCCAGUGCUCUGUGUGCGGCAAGCGCUUCACACAGAAGAGCUCACUCAACGUGCACAUGCGCACCCACCGGGCCGAGCGCACCUUCCAGUGCACCGUGUGCCACCGGGCAUUCACCCACCGCACCCUGCUGGAGCGCCACGCCCUGCAACACACCCAUCAUGGGGCCACCCAGGGCCAAGGGCAAGGACAGGGCCUCCAGCAGACCCCUAAACACAGCCCUCCAGCCCUGGCAGGGCCCUCGGGCAUGUGCGGCUCAGCUGGGAUGGGCGGCACCAUGGCCAACAUGCCCAGCCACGGGCCGCCCUCCUAGAAGGAGAGAGAGGGAGAGGAGGGCCCAAUUCCAAACUGAUCCGUCACCCCUAUCCUGGAGCCCUUUUCUGAUCUGAGAGGAUUGCUAGGUAUGAGCAACAUGGUGGAUGCUCCAUCUAGACCUAUUGGAGGCUGGAUGGGGUUUGUGCCAUAUUACUCACACCUAUGAAGCCCUUGCAGAUAUGCAAGAGGGAGUUGCCAAUAAUGGAAAAGGGGGGAGAUAACUGGUUUGGGAUUGGGGAAGAAAAGGAGAGGACAAGGGAGAGAGAGAAAGCUGUUGGAGACUAAUUGCAGGAGAUUGAAGGGAGGAAAUGUAGGAGGACUAAGAAAGCGAGAGACAGAAAAGGGGGAGGGAGAGAGAAAGCAAAAUAGGCUAGAAAAAAAGUGCAGGGUGAUGAACCGAUGAAGAAAAGAGCUAAUGAAUCUAUGAGAGUUACCAUCAUACAUCAAGACGACAUAGGAAGACUAUUACAUGCAGGAGGCACUGAACGGCCCAGGAUCAUAUACCUCGAAACAAGAAGAGACAGGAAAUAAAUUAAGGACAAAACUUUUAUUUUGAAAUGUGACAAACGUUUCAGCAUGUUUUACACACCUCAAAGAAUACCUCGGCGGUCCAAAGACAGGCAUUAUGCUACACAUGUUUAAUAGCUACAUCAAACAGCAAAACAGGGAACUAAAGCUAACUGAAAUCCCUUCCUUUUAGAACCGUACAAUUUUUCUUUACAUAAUAUUCCUUUACAUUGUCGAGUUUAUUUGUCGCUCGUUUGUGAUUUAUUAAUGAUGAAAAAAAUAAGGUAAUUCAUUUUUAAAAUAUUAAAAGGAUCUUUCAACUUUAAGUGACACUUUUUGGGAUAAAUGAGAAAAUCUGUACUUUUAUCCGGCUUUUUAAUCCGUGUGUAUGUGGGGUUAUUAAUAGUUGAAGUCGGAAGUUUACAUACACCUUAGCCAAAUACAUUUAAACUUAGUUUUUCACAAUUCCUGACAUUUAAUCCUUGUAAAACUUCUGUCUUAGGUCAGUUAAGAUCACCACUUUAUUUUAAGAAUGUGAAAUGUCAGAAUAAUAGUAGAGAGAAUUAUUUAUUUCAGCUUUUAUUUCUUUCAUCACAUUCCCAGUGGGUCAGAAGUUUACAUACACUCAAUUAGUAUUUGGUAUCAUUGCCUUUAAAUGAUUUGGGUCAACUUGGGUCAAACGUCUCAGGUAGCCUUCCACAAGCUUCCCACAAUAAGUUGGGUGAAAUUUGGCCCAUUCCUCUUGACAGAGCUGGUGUAACCGAGUCAGGUUUGUAGGCCUCCUUGCUCGCACACGCUUUUUCAGUUCUGCCCACAAAUGUUCUAUAGGAUUGAGGUCAGGGCUUUGUGAUGGCCACUCCAAUACCUUGACUUUGUGGUCCUUAGGCCAUUUUGCCCCAACUUUGGAAGUAUGCUUGGGGUCAUUGUCCAUUUGGAAGACCCAUUUGUGACCAAGCUUUAACUUCCUGACUGAUGUCUUGAGAUAUUGCUUCAAUAUAUUCACAUAAUUUUCCUCUCUCAUGAUGCCAUCUAUUUUGUGAAGUGCACCAGUCCCUCCUGCAGCAAAGCACCCCUCACAACAUGAUGCUGCCACCCCCGUGCUUCACGGUUGGGAUAGUUUUCUUCAGCUUGCAAGCCUCCCCCUUUUUCCUCCAAACAUAAUAAUGGUCAUUAUGGCCAAACAGUUCUAUUUUUGUUUCGUCAGACCAGAGGACAAAAGUACGAUCUUUGUCCCCAUGUGCAGUUGCAAACCGUAGUCUGUCUUUUUUGUGGCGGUUUUGGAGCAGUGGCUUCUUCCUUGCUGAGCGGCCUUUCAGGUUAUGUCGAUAUAGAACUCGUUUUUCUGUGGAUAUAGAUACUUUUGUACCUGUUUCCUCCAGCAUCUUCACAAGGUCCUUUGCUGUUGUUCUGGGAUUGAUUUGCACUUUUUGCACCAAAUUCCGUUCAUCUCCAGGAGACAGAAUACGUCUCCUUCUUGAGCGGUAUGACGGCUGCAUGGUCCCAUGGUGUUUAUACUUGCGUACUAUUGUUUGUACAGAUGAACGUGGUACCUUCAGGCAUUUCGAAAUUGCUCCCAAGGAUGAACCAGACUUAUGGAGUACUACAAUUUUUUUCUGAGUUCUUGGCUGAUUUCUUUUGAUUUUCCCAUGAUGUCAAGCAAAGAGGCACAGAGUUUGAAGGUAGGCCUUAAAAUACUUCCACAGGUACACCUCCAAUUGACUCAAAUUAUUUCAAUUUGCCUAUCAGAAUCUUCUAAAGCCAUGACAUCAUUUUCUGGAAUGUUCCAAGUUGUUUAAAGGCAUAGUCAACUUAGUGUAUGCAAACUUCUGACCCACUGGAAAUGUGAUACAGUGAAUUAUAAAUGAAAUAAUCCGUCUAUAAACAACUGUUGGAAAAAUUACUUGUGUCAUGCACAAAGUAGAUGUCCUAACCGAUUUGCCAAAACUAUAGUUUAUUCACCAAAAUUUGUGGAGUGGUUGAAAAACAAGUUUUAAUGACUCCAACCUAAGUGUAUGUAAACUUCCAACUUCAACUGUAUAUGUGCUUUUGGGGCACUUGCCAAUGAAUGGGAAGGUUUGUUGCUGAGAACUAUAACUUUUUUCUCCAACGGCUUAAUUUAAUACUUUAAAAUGUUUUUAUUGUAACUAAAUAAAUAAUGAGGAAAUACAAUCACCCAGAGUGGAUUUGAGUACCACGGUAAUAUUUAUUACAAUUUGACAAUAAUUACUAUGCACAAUACAUGCACAAUUCUGCUUUAUAUGUUGUCCUACCCUAGAUAUUUGCUUUUAGAAAAAUAUAUUUGCCCUAAUAUUACUAAUGUAUAUCAUGGAGAACAUAGAAUGUUUUUUUUUUUUUUUUUAACUUCCCACCUUAAAGAUGAUUUUAGAUAUGCAGUAUAUAGACCCCACUAGACAUAAAAGCCAACUGAGCCAGUGAGACCAGCUAAACCCCAUUAAGAUUCCUUCUGGUCCUCACUUUAAACUUUUUACAUAAAAUGUCCCCUCGCAAUGAAGAAACAUUCUGCUUGAUCAUGAUGAUCUCAUUGAGCUACGCACUGUUCACUUAUCUCUAUAAUGGGAAUCUGUUAAAACCCUGUUAAUAGGAAGUUUACAUUUACAUUUAAGUCAUUUAGCAGACGCUCUUAUCCAGAGCGACUUACAAAUUGGUGCAUUCACCUUAUGACAUCCAGUGGAACAGCCACUUUACAAUAGUGCAUCUAAAUCUUUUUA